AUGUCUUUGGACAAGGGAGCGAAAGUUCGGUACGCAGUGCGUCUCGAUAGGCCUGCCCGAGGUAGUUGCCUCCUGAGACAAUUUCUCUGUUGCCAUUCGCGCGAGACUCUUGAUGCGCUUCCCGGUAAAGUUCAUAGAGAAACGACAGCGUGCCAAGGCAUGAUCAGACGACGCAGAUAUUCCAGAACGAGCGGCAAUCUAGAAUGGAACCACGCCACCCGUAACUUACGGCAAUGCGAUCAAUUUUGGCCCACCGCUGGCCAGCUUCAGAAGGACUCCAAGUGGCACUUCGGCGCCCACUGU